AUGGCCAAUGAGCGUACGGUAUUGAUUCCAAAGGAGCCCCCGCCGCCCUAUACAUAUACCUGUCAAAAUGCAACCAGCUCAAGUUACAUUGCGCAGAGUUUCCGAAAGCCAACUUUCCGCCAAUGGCUCGAUUCUAAAAUGGCGGAACAUGAUACCAUCUUGCGGAGAAUACUGGCCUCCAUCAUGAUCGCCACCAUAGUGUCUUCGGCCAUUAUGCUUUUCCUCUGGAGGCUUCAGCAGCUUGAAAAUAACCCAGAGGAUGGUCCGCCUUCCAAGUUUCCUACUCACCGUCCUUGGUCGGAAUCAACUUAUUCGACGUCUUGA